AUGGAAGACUUAAUGGAAGACAUUUCAUGUAAAAUGGAAGCGUUGAAAAAUACAGUUCUAAACACAAUUAGAGAUUUUAAAUCAGAAAUUGGAGAUGAAUUCAAGAAGGUACGAGAAGAAAUUAAAGAAAUGCAAGAAAAAAUGGAAGAUAAACUGAUGGAAAAGGCCGACACAUCGGUGAAUUCCAUGUUGGAGGCCAUUGCCGUGGGUGGGGCGGAGAUGUUUGAUUCAAUAAAUGAAGAUUUGAAGGAAUAUUGGCCAAGAAAAAGGCAUGCAGCGGAGUUGUUGUCUUCCAACCAGGUGGCACUUGUAGACAAGCCAACAGCAGAAAAUCUGAGGGGGAAUCCUGCAACCAUGUUUCAGUGA